AGCAAAUGCCUUUACCACUAGACAGACAUAACAAAUUGAACAGAGACAGAGAGACGGGUAUGUUGAGAGGGUGAAAUCUUCAUGCCUUAAUGUUGGCCACUUUGUUGUAUGCGUGUGUGUAUAUGGGGACACCAUUACCGACAAUGUCCUCAGAUGAAUGACACUAAGCCAAUUCAGAUGCAAUUCAAUUCAAAAGUCAAAAAAACGUCCUCAACACUUGAAUUCAUAUCUAAUAAUGGCAAAACUAGCAUUUCGAGUUUGUCUUUAGUAAUUAUAAUUGGGUUAUAUUAAGAACAAGUGUGAAAGGGAAGUACCCACACAAGUAUGUGAGCAGUGUGAUUGUGUGUGUAUGUGAGUGUGUUCACUCCUCUCCUUUCUCACCCUCCGGAAAGGAACAGUCGUGCCCACCUCUUCCCUUUGUUCUCUCACAAAAAUAUCCACACACACACUUACACAAACCAUCAACAGGUGCCUGCCAGGGCUGCCACAGAGUCCACACAUUCCUUUCUCCCUCCCAUAAUUCUCUUUCCUCCCAACCAAUCACAGACCUGCUUUUCACAAGUCAGGUUGCAGGGAGGAGAAAAGUGAUGAGUUGACCAUGUCAGGGUUUGGUAGGAAAGGUCUGGCACAAUCACACUAAGCUGUUGGUUUGAGAGAGGACCGAGUCUGUGGGAUAUGUGAGUUAGUUAGAGUUGUAUGUGAGAGCUGUUAAGGUGUGUUUGUAUGUGGUGACGGCUGGUGCCAAACUGUGGAUAUACAGAUUGUACUUAAAAUGAAGACUCUGCUUGGGGUCCUGUGGUGCUGCUGGCUUCUAACUCUCACAGUGGCAUCCAAGGCUGAACGCAUGCUACUGGAGGAUUUGUUUCAGGAUUACAACCUGAAGGUGCGUCCAGCACGUACCUGGAAUGAGCAAGUGAUGGUCCGAGUGGGAAUGACUUUAGUACAGCUCAUCAGCUUGAACGAGAAGAAUGAAGAGAUGACAACAAACGUGUUCAUGAAUAUGGAAUGGACAGAUUACAGGUUAUCUUGGAAUCCUGAGGACUAUGACAAUAUUGAUGUUGUUCGAAUUCCUCCCUUAAAAGUGUGGCGUCCAGACAUCUACCUAAUCAACAAUAAUGAUGGUCAAUUUGAUGUUGCCCUGUAUGUAAACGUGCUAGUGAGAAGUGAUGGAACCGUCUCCUGGUAUCCACCAGCCAUCUACCGCAGCUCCUGUUCUAUAGAGGUGGCCUACUUUCCAUUUGACUGGCAGAACUGCACAAUGGUGUUUCGUUCCUACACAUAUGAUUCCUCAGAAGUGGACCUUCAGUACAGUCUAGAUGAAGAUGGCAACGAGCUCCAUGAGAUAGUGAUUGACGAGAAUGCAUUCACCGAGAACGGUGAGUGGCAGAUUUGUCACAAGCCCAGCAGAAAGAACAUUCGCGAUGACUUGUAUGAGGACAUCACCUUCUACCUGAUCAUUGAGAGGAAGCCUCUGUUCUACAUCAUUAACAUCAUCGUGCCCUGCAUCCUCACCAGUGUGCUGGCCAUAUUUGUCUUCUAUCUGCCACCUGGUGCAGGUGAGAAGAUGACUCUGUCCAUCUCAGUCCUCAUUGCUCUCACUGUUUUCAUGCUGUUGUUGGCUGACAAAGUUCCAGAAACAUCACUUGGCAUUCCUAUCAUCGUUAACUAUGUAAUGUUCACCAUGAUCCUGGUGACGUUCUCAGUCAUCCUUAGUGUGGUGGUCCUGAACCUUCACCACAGAACUCCCAGCACACACCACAUGCCCUUAUGGGUGCGAAAGGUUUUCAUCAACUUGCUGCCCCGUUACUUGGGUGUGCUGAGGCCCCAAACUGAGGAACCAGUUGAGGACGAGCCAAAAGAAAACAUCCCUUUAGGUUGUCUGGACAAAGGUCUUAAACCUGGAGGUGAAUAUUUUAUCCGAAAGAUCAACCCAGAGCUGGUAUUGCCUUGGAGAGGAAGUCAUAAUGAGAACACUGUGAAGUUGCAGAGGUUUUCAAACAGUGACAACUAUUGUCUGAUUCUGCCUCCGAAUCUCAAAUCUGCAAUCGCCGCCAUCACGUACAUGGCUGAACAAUUGAAGAAACAGGAUGUGGACGAUACUAUGACAGAUGACUGGCAGUACAUUGCUGUGGUUUUGGAUCGGCUCUUCUUUUGGCUCUUUGUCAUCAUUACUACCCUGGGCACAUUGGCCAUGUUUCUGGAUGCCAGUUUCAACUACACUCCUGACCAACCUUUUCCAUGAGCGCAUCCCUUAAAUGACAAGCACACAGCUCUUGAUCAAAAAACAUAGUAAGACUGUAGUUUGUGUGGACUGACUCUAGGGGGCACCAAAAGUCAUAUUUAUUUUGCCUUCUUUCUUUCUUUUUAAAUCGAUGUUUCCAUUAUAAUAUAUUCGUUAUUUUCAAGUUCUUUCAAUUCAUCCACUAUACUUAUACUCAUACAUUUACUCUUUAUUUGUCACUUAUUGCAUACUGUAUUGUCACUAUAUGUAAUAAAACUUUAAGAAUAAGUAUUUUACUUCUUAAGAUAUUAAGAAAAUGUUCUUGCCGUAGUCUUGAUUACCUGUUUCUUAACUUUUUCAUUGAUCUGAUGUUCAUAAAACCGAGAGAGCAUGUAAGUUUUUGCCUUUAUUUAAUUGUUUUUUGUCAUUUAUUUAUUGUUUAUUUCAUAAUUAUUUUCUUUGAGAAAUUGGGCAUCUCUAAUGCCCUAGAGAAUAUAUCAUAAGAAAUAUAAUCACAUGCAUUCAGCGUAAUCUAAACAGUCAUACAGUAUUUCUCUCCUUGUGUGCAGCUCUUUUCUGUCUGCCAGCAGUGGUUUGUUAAAUCCUUCCUGGAUCUGACUCGUCACUGAACCAUUAGGAUAUAAAGUCUGACAAGCAUGCCAUAACUCCAUGCUUAGCCAAUCUAGCUACGGUAAAGUUAAUGAACUGAUGUGCAGUCAAUUCUAAACAACGUUAGCUGACACCUAUUUUUCAGCCAGUAAUUUGAAUAUUAACUUGCAUUAUGUUGUCCAUUUAGUAUUAUUGUGAUGAACCACUUAGUCUUAGCUAAUUCUCAAAUAAGAUGAGAUUUAAAACUUUAAAAGUCUGAAUAAACUGGCAGAGCCAAACUCGUGGCUCACGUUUAGAUUAAGUUCCUAAAGCAACAUGAUAUUGUUCAUGAUUGACUUACAGAAGCUUUUAUUGGGUUAACAUUAAAUUAUUUGGAUUUACAUGACCAAUUGUAUGCUAGUUUUCUAAUAUUUUGUGUUGCAUCAAUUUCUGUAGCAUGAAAUUUAAGUCAUGAUUUUCUGUUAUUGAGUCAUGGAUGUUACAAGUCUUUAAAGUCAGCAUGAAAACAAAAUGAAAAUUUAUAUUUUUUUCUUAGUGUACAUUUCUGGUCUUGGCGCACUUUGUUCUCA